AUGGCAUCAGCGCCCUAGUCCAUCGCCCCAUAUAAGAAGAGAUCCCGGGCACCCUCGGCCGACCUCCAGCAUAAAUCUCUGCGCCAUGGUCUUCACACCGCCGUCAUGGGUCCCGGGCCUCCCGUUCUCCCCGCCCGACUCCGUCCCCAUCUGCGACUUCAUGCUGGAGGAGCACUACGGCCGGCACCCGCUGGGCUACUCGAACAACCCGUUCACGUGCGGGCUGACGGGCAAGACGUACACGUCGCUGGAGGUGCGCGAGCGCGUCGACUUCCUGGCGCGCGGGCUGGCCGCAGAGCUGGGGUUCCACCCGAACAAAGGGUCCGAGUGGGACAAGGUGAUUGGCGUGUUCUCGGUCAACACGCUCGACACGCUGCCGCUGGCGUGGGCGACGCACCGCCUGGGCGGCGUGCAGAGUCCGGCGAACGCGGCGUACAGUGCCGCGGAGCUCGAGUACCAGCUGAAGAACUCGGGUGCCAAGGCGCUGUUCACGUGUGUGCCGCUGCUGGAGACGGCGCGGGAGGCUGCGCGGAAUAGCGGGAUUCCGGACAACCGGAUCUAUAUUCUGGACUUGGCGAAGGAGUUCACGGGCGGCAAGGGAGCACCGAGUGGGAUGAAGACGGUGGAUGAUUUUAUUCGCGAGGGCCAGAAGCUCGAGAAGCUAGAGAAGCUGGAUUGGAAGGAAGGGGAUGGUGCGAAGAAGGCUGCUUUCCUGUGCUACUCCAGCGGCACAUCCGGACUCCCCAAAGGUGUCAUGAUUUCGCACAGGAACGUGAUUGCCAAUACCAUGCAAAUCGGCGCUUUCGAGAAGCCGUACAGAGACACUAUCAUCAAGGAUGUGCGCAACCAGUCCGACUACACCGAGAACGUGCUCGGCCUGCUUCCCAUGUCGCACAUCUACGGAUUAGUCGUCAUCAGCCACGCUUCCGUGUACCGCGGCGACGGCAUCAUCGUGCUGCCGAAAUUCGACUUCCAGAUCACACUGCAAGCAAUCCAGCAGUACAAGAUCAACACGCUCUUCCUCGUGCCCCCGAUCAUCAUCCUCAUGACCAAGAACAAGGCGCUGCUGGCCAAGUACGACCUCAGCUCUGUAUGGUCGCUGUUCACGGGCGCGGCGCCGCUCGGCAAAGAGACGGCCGAAGACCUGCAGGCCAUCUUCCCCAGCUGGAAGAUCAGGCAGGGCUACGGGCUCACCGAGACGUGCACAGUCGUCACCUCGACAUCGCCCGAUGACAUCUGGUUCGGCUCGUCGGGGUCGAUUCUGCCGGGCAUCGAGUGCAAGAUCGUCACUCCCGAUGGCGACGAGGUCACCGAGUACGACCAGCCGGGCGAGCUGCUCGUCAAGUCGCCGGCGGUCGUGCUGGGGUACCUGAACAACGACAAGGCGAACGCGGAGACGUUCCAGGACGGGUACAUGCGCACAGGUGAUGAGGCGGUGGUACGGAAGAGCGCCAACGGGCACGAGCACGUGUUCAUCGUAGACCGCAUCAAGGAGCUGAUCAAGGUCAAGGGCCACCAAGUCGCGCCCGCAGAGUUGGAAGCUCACCUGCUCACGCACCCGGCGGUCAACGACUGCGCGGUCAUCCAGAUCCCAGACGACGACGCGGGCGAGGUGCCCAAGGCGUUCGUGGUCAAGUCGCCGUCGGUGGGGCUCGAGGAGAGCGACAGGAUGGUGGCGCGCGACAUCCAGAAGCACGUGGAGAAGACCAAGGCGCGGUACAAGUGGAUCACGGGCGGCGUGGAGUUCAUCGACGAGAUCCCCAAGUCGCCGUCGGGCAAGAUCCUGCGGCGGUUCCUGCGCGACCGCGAGAAGGAGAAGAGGCGGAAGGCGGGCAGCAAGCUUUCUCCAGACAAUCACUGCAUAAUUCACGCAAUGGCGGCGCAACACCCCCACGACGAGCCCGAGAUCGACUACCACGACGAAGACAAUGUGCUCGACGCAGAGGAGGCCGAGGAGAUAGUCGAGGACGACGGCGACGUGCCCAUGGACAGCGACGACGAGGGCGACGACGAGCAGAUGGAGAUCAACCUGCAGAACGACUCGGUCACGCACUUUGACGAGCACAAGGACUCGAUCUUCUGCAUAGCCCAGCACCCCGUGCACCCCGAGAUCAUCGCGACCGGCGGCGGCGACGACGUCGGCUACAUUGUCGACAUCACCGCCACGCCGCACACGACGCAGGCCGGCGAGCGCGAGGGCCUCAAGAGCAUCUUCACCCUCGACGGCCACUCCGACUCGAUCAACGCCGUCGCCUUCUCGCAGCCCAAGGGCCAGUUCGUCGCCACCGCCGGCCUUGACGGCAAGCUGCGCGUGUGGCAGGGCGUGCCGGACGGCAACAAGUGGAAGUUCCUGGCCGAGGCCAGCGAGGUCGAGGAGAUCGCCUGGCUGGCGCCCAACCCCUCGCCCGCACACCCCAACGUCGUCGCCCUCGGCGCCAACGACGGCUCCGUGUGGGUCUACCAGCUGUCCACCGACAAGGGCAACGAGCUGCAGGUCCUACACGCCUUCUACCUGCACACCGAGGCCUGCACCGCCGGCUGCUGGACCCCCGACGGCGCCCUCCUCGCCACCGUCAGCGAGGACUCCAGUCUCUACGUCUGGGACGUCUUCGGCGACGCGGCCUCCCAGGGCCUCAUCGAGCCCUCUGCCCAGACCGUCGUCGCCCUGACCGGCCUCGACGAGCGCUUCCUCGUGCAAGGCGGGCUAUACAGCAUCGCCGUCCCCCCCACAGGCGCGUUCCUCGCCGUCGGCGGCCCAGAGGGCCAGAUCCGCAUCGUGGGGCUCCCGCGGCUGUCGUCCGAGCCCGGCCCGUCCUCGGGCGGCGCCGGCGCGAAGUCCAAAGCCGGCGGCUCCAAGCAGGCGCCCGCCAAAGGCGCGUCCGCGUCCGCAGGCCAGACGGGCGUCAUCCUGGCGUCGCUGCAGGCCGGGUCGGACAACGUCGAGACCUUCUCGUUCACAUCCGCGCCGCUGACGCUGAUGGCCGCCGGCAACGUGGACGGCAGCAUCACGCUCUUCGACACCGCGCACCGGUUCGCCGUGCGCCGCCGCAUCGAGGACGCGCACGCCGACGACGAGUCGCCGCAGGCCGUGGUGAAGCUGGAGUUUGUGCGCAAGGAGGGCGCGGGCGGCUGGUUGCUUACGAGCGCCGGGUACGAUGGCGUGGUGAGGCGGUGGGAUGCGCGGGGCGGGACGACGGCGGCGAAUCGCGGGCUGGUGGGCGAGUGGAGGGGGCACAGGGGGGGUGGGGAGGGGGGCGGCGUGCUGGGAUUUGUGCAGGGUGGUGGGGAGGUGGUUAUCACGGCGGGCGACGACCAUGUGGUGUUGGUGUAUGAUGCGCCGUUGACGCAGUAG